UCUCUCUCUCUCUCUCUGGCACAUAAUCAAUCAAUUAGCUGGGUCUGUGUGUAUAUAGAAAAAUGCUAUCGAGGAGAGCCAGGGAGUGUCACGGCCAGGAAUCUUCAUAUUUCGCCGGGUGGCAAGAGUACGAGAAAAACCCUUACCACCCUCUCCACAACCCGUCUGGUAUCAUUCAGCUCGGCCUCGCCGAGAAUCAGCUGUCGUUUGACCAGCUGGAGUCUUGGAUAGCCAACAAUCCGGAGGCACUGACGCUGCGGACCGAUCAAGGACAAUCUAUCUUCCAAGACUUGGCUCUCUUCCAAGACUAUCAUGGCCUGCCUUCUUUCAAAAACGCAUUAGCGGACUUCAUGUCUGAAAUCAGAGGAAACAAGGUCAAGUUCGACCCCAACAACCUUGUCCUCACCGCCGGUGCAACUUCCGCCAACGAAACUCUCAUUUUCUGUCUCGCCGAUCCCGGCGACGCUUUCUUGCUCCCUACCCCAUAUUAUCCAGGGUUCGACCGGGACCUAAAGUGGCGAACGGAAGUGGAAAUAGUCCCAAUACACAGCUCAAGUGCAAACAACUUCGAAAUCACGACACCGUCGCUCGAGCAAGCCUACGAGCGAGCCACAAAGCAGCUGAAGCUCAACGUGAAAGGGAUCCUGGCCACCAACCCGUCGAACCCUCUAGGCACCACGUUAACCCGAGGCGAGCUCGACCGACUCAUCGACUUCGCUAUGGCCAAGGGAAUCCACAUCGUCAGCGACGAGAUCUACUCCGGGACGGUCUUCGACAGCCCCGACUUCACCAGCAUCGCGGAAGCUUGGAGCGCAAGCAAGCGCGUUCACAUCGUGUACAGCCUUUCCAAGGACCUGGGCCUCCCUGGCUUCCGCGUCGGUGCGAUCUACUCCAACGACGAGAAAGUGGUUGCAGCCGCCACCAAGAUGUCGAGCUUCGGCCUCGUCUCGUCGCAGACGCAGCAUCUGCUGUCGAAGAUGCUGUCGGACAAAGACAUGAGGGCGCGGUACGUGGAAGAGAACCGGAGGCGGCUGGGGAAGAGGAAGGACGAGAUGGUGUCGGGGCUCGGGCUGGCUGGAAUCGGUUGCAUGAGGAGCAACGCCGGGUUGUUCUGUUGGGUGGACAUGAGGAAGCUGUUGAGAGAGCCGAGUUUCGAAGCCGAGAAGGAGCUGUGGAAGGAGAUGUUGUUCGAGGUCGGUGUUAAUGUCUCGCCGGGGUCUUCGUUCCAUUGCUCGGAGCCGGGCUGGUUCAGGGUUUGCUUCGCCAAUAUUUCCGAAGAAACAUUGGGUGUCGCCAUGAAACGUAUUGGUGACUUUGCUAGGUUUCGUCGAGGGUAUGAUAAAACCAUUAAGUGGGUAUCUGCUGGUACACGUGAAGAACCAUAUUUAGGACGAUGAGAACUUAGAUGUGUAUCCUUAUGAAAGAUGAAUUAGCUAAAUAUGUUGUAGCUAGCCAUGGAGAUUUCAAUGUAGAUGUUCAAGACUAUGUGCGAAUCGGUGAAUAUUAUUGGACAAACCUUGUUUUGUCACAAUGGUUACGGGAUACUUACCGGCUAGUUUGUUUCAACGUUGGUUUAGGGUAUGGCUG